AGCAGAUUGUUGGGGAAAUGGCUGGUGACAGAGAAUAGAAAGAGCCUAUAUGGAGAAGGGUGACGUUGGAAAGGGGAGGCAGUGGAUCGGUAUUGAUGUUAGAAAUGAGAGGGGAGGGAGGUAACGGGGAAUGAGCCCCUACAAGGAUUAAAAACGUAAGAUGAUUGAAGUUAAAAGGACAUCAGGGGUCACCUGCCCAGCCUUCGCACCUGAAGCUUGAGGAAGCUCUGCCCCCGACAGCAGUGGCGAUUUGUCAAGGUCACACAGUGAGUUACUGGCGGAGAAGGGACCCGAACACCCAAACAAACUCUACACCUGCAAGCGUUUCGUGUUUAGACUUUCUCCCCCAUGUAUAAGGGAUCUCUGGACAGGACAAGACUCCGAAGCUACUCACUCAGCCCACAGCCCGGGACCCACAGACCCAGCUUGCCCCAGCCCUCCCACCUGCCACUCCCUGGCCCCUCCCACCGCCCGCCCCCCUGGGGGCGCAGGGCAUGGUGUGAAAGGCCAAGUGCUGAGGCGGGUAUCAUGGGUGCUGUGCCCUAGGGCCUGGGUGGCAGGGGGUGGGUGGCCUGUGGGCGUGCCGGGGGGGCCAGUGUGCCCACCCCAGUCUCUUGGCGUGCUGGAGGGCAUCCUGGAUGGAAUUGAAGUGAAUGGAACAGAAGCCAAGCAAGGUGGAGUGUGGGUCGGACCCAGAGGAGAACAGUGCCAGGUCACCAGAUGGAAAGCGAAAAAGAAAGAACGGCCAAUGUUCCCUGAAAACCAGCAUGUCAGGGUAUAUCCCUAGUUACCUGGACAAAGACGAGCAGUGUGUCGUGUGUGGGGACAAAGCAACUGGUUAUCACUACCGCUGUAUCACUUGUGAGGGCUGCAAGGGCUUCUUUCGCCGCACAAUCCAGAAGAACCUCCAUCCCACUUAUUCCUGCAAAUAUGACAGCUGCUGUGUCAUUGACAAGAUCACCCGAAAUCAGUGCCAGCUCUGCCGCUUCAAGAAGUGCAUCGCCGUGGGCAUGGCCAUGGACUUGGUUCUAGAUGACUCGAAGCGGGUGGCCAAGCGUAAGCUGAUUGAGCAGAACCGGGAGCGGCGGCGGAAGGAGGAGAUGAUCCGAUCACUGCAGCAGCGACCAGAACCCACUCCUGAAGAGUGGGAUCUGAUCCACAUUGCCACAGAGGCCCAUCGCAGCACCAAUGCCCAGGGCAGCCAUUGGAAACAGAGGCGGAAAUUCCUGCCCGAUGACAUUGGCCAGUCACCCAUUGUCUCCAUGCCGGACGGAGACAAGGUGGACCUGGAAGCCUUCAGCGAGUUUACCAAGAUCAUCACCCCGGCCAUCACCCGUGUGGUGGACUUUGCCAAAAAACUGCCCAUGUUCUCCGAGCUGCCUUGCGAAGACCAGAUCAUCCUCCUGAAGGGGUGCUGCAUGGAGAUCAUGUCCCUGCGGGCGGCUGUCCGCUACGACCCUGAGAGUGACACCCUGACGCUGAGUGGGGAGAUGGCCGUCAAGCGGGAGCAGCUCAAGAAUGGCGGCCUGGGCGUAGUCUCCGACGCCAUCUUUGAACUGGGCAAGUCACUCUCUGCCUUUAACCUGGAUGACACGGAAGUGGCUCUGCUGCAGGCUGUGCUGCUAAUGUCAACAGACCGCUCGGGCCUGCUGUGUGUGGACAAGAUAGAGAAGAGUCAGGAGGCGUACCUGCUGGCGUUCGAGCACUACGUCAACCACCGCAAACACAACAUUCCGCACUUCUGGCCCAAGCUGCUGAUGAAGGUGACUGACCUCCGCAUGAUCGGGGCCUGCCACGCCAGCCGCUUCCUCCACAUGAAAGUCGAGUGCCCCACCGAACUCUUCCCCCCACUCUUCCUCGAGGUCUUUGAGGAUCAGGAAGUCUAAAGCCUCAGGCGGCCAGAGGGUGUGCGGAGCUGGUGGGGAGGAGCCUGGAGAGAAGGGGCAGAGCUGGGGGCUGAGGGAGACCCCCCCACACCCCUUCUCUCCUUCCUCUCGUCCUUGGAUAGAUUCAGCUCCCACACACACACCCGCACUGCCCAGGUCCCUCCUCAGACCUCCAGCCCUGGGACAGGGCAAACAAAUGAACUUGCUAUGGAAAGGACAGUGUGGGAGGCUGGGGGAGCCGUGUCCUGCAGUUCCCAGGACCCCGUCCUCUCAGAAGGUAGGAGAAGGGUGGGAGGACUGAGAGGAGACAAGCCACCUUGACUGUAGGGGAAGGAGGAAUGUGGGCUGGGGGAAGGUGCCCUCAACUCACGCCCUACACACACAAGAGAGAGCCCCCACCCAGUUCCUUGGCCUAGGUCUCCCCUCCAGGCUGAGGGCCUCUCUACUUCCCCAGAUGCCUGGGUGCAAAGAACCGCUUGGCUUGGCUCCUCCCCUGGAGGUUAAAAUUUAUAGUCAUUCUAACUGCACUUUGGAAACCAAGCAAGGGGAGAAGACAAAUGAAGAAAAACUAGACAGAGAGAAAAAUACGAAAAAGAGAGAGCGAGCGAUAGAGAGAGAUGAUAUUAAGUUAUUAACUGAGGCUGACCAGAGGGGAGAGACCCCCCCCUUUACCACCCCAUGCACUUUGUGAGCUGCCCUCCUUCCCCCACAUCAGAGAGGAAUGCCCCCACACCAGAGCCCCAAGGGUAGGGCUGCCGAUCAGAGCUGUGAGUUAACACAACAGGGUCCUGGCCACCCCCCUUGCCGUACCCCACCCUCUGUGCCCCUUUGGCACCCCCCAACCCUAGUAUGUCCUCGCUUUCUGCCACUCGUGCCCGCUGAGUUCCAUCUACCUCUCACGCUGGAUGCCAGCUGGCCCCUCACCAGCCUGCCCUGCUGCCCACACAGCUCCCCUUUAAGUGCCCAGCCCUAGGGGCCUCUCCCCAUCCACCUCCUCCUUCCACACCUUGGCACCCACCCAGGAAAAACUGUGGCUCCAGCUCCUACCCUCCUCAUAUCCUGCAGUAUUAGCUAGAAACCGGAUGCUGCUGCAUUGGGUGGUGGUGGGGAGGGCAGGAGGGCUGUGCGUGAGCGUCUCCCAGAACCCUCCACCCUUUUAGCACUCUGUUUCCCUGUUUCCCAUCUGUCUUCUGGGCUCUCUCUAACCUCUGCCCUCUCCCCUGCUCCUACUCACUGCACUAACUCUGGGCGGGCAGGCAUCGGAAUGGGGGUGUUUAGAUAAGUGACACUUAGUUGGGGCCCCAUGGGAGGGGGUGGUCGGUGCUCCUUUUUCUUUAAAGCUCUUUUGGCCAGCUGCCCCUCUGCCCCAGGACCCCUUCCCCUCUUCUUUUCUCUAAUUCAGGGACUUUGGCUUGAGCCCCUCUCACCCUCCUGGUGAGGGUGCUCUGUUGGUCUGCACUUGGGUGAGCUGCCCUCCUCCCCCUCCCUGUGGCUGCCGCCCACUCCUCAGGGGAGAGAGGGAGAGAGGAGGUGGUCCUCCCAUGGGAGCAGGAGGUGGGGGUGGGACAGAGCAGACCGGAGGGCGCUGGGCUCAGGGCUGCAUGUCGGCAGGGAUGGAUGGGUGGACACAGAUGCCCCCGGAAGCCAUGGGGAUUGGGGUAGGGGGUGGGGGGAGGGGUGCCAGGGCUUCCUGCGCUUUGCACUAUUGGGGCAAAAAUGUCUUAAGCAGUGGGGAACCUGCCACCCCACCCUGACUCUCAGCCUGCCACAGCCCCCUACACACACACACACACACACACACACACACACGUACAUGCACACACGGACAUGGGAAGGCAAUGCUAUGCUGCCCGUUAGGGCACUGUCCUUUCUCCAUCGGUCAGGUGUUCCAACAGGGGUGGAGGGCCUGGAGGAGCACCCACUGUCACCUGUGCAUGUUCCUGUCCCACCCUGCUGGGGCCUCGGGCUGCCUGCGCUGUCUUUGUCUCUAUCCUCUCUCUCUCCUGGAGUACUGAUUCCUGUAUUACUCCAGUUCCAUGGGUAGGCCCUCUUGUACCUUCCUCCCACGCCUGGGGGCCCAGUGGAAUUCCUGACCUGUCUGCUGUCUUCCCCAUCCCUCCAUCCCCACCCCAACCCCUCCAUCCCCAUUCUCAGCCAUGGACACGGCAGAGAAAAGGCCUUGAAGAGCCUUGGCCUCUUAUAGGCACUUGGGACUCCCCUACCCUCCCCAAUCAUAUGAGCUGUGAUUCCCCUCCCCCUCGGUGAUGUGGGGUGUAUGUGUGUGUUCCUCUGCGUGAAUGUGUGAGUGAGUACACAUGGUAGGGGAGGAGCCAGGGCGACUCAGGAGUGCCACGCACCUGCUCUAGAGCGGCAGCUGUCCCAGUCCCUGCUGUGGAAGUGGGGGACAGGGCCCUCUCCUGGGGGCCAUUGGUGCUAAUGAGGGGGAUGGCCUUGAUGUGGGUGCUCAGCAUGCCUCCCCCAGUAUUGGCCCGGGGCACUAGGGCAGGCAGGGUGGAGCAGCAGGUGCAGUAUUGGUGGGAGGAUGGGUUGCUGGGAAUAGGACGAGGGGGCCAGGCCAGGACAAGGGGGUGCCAGAGCCAUGACCACUACCCCGCCCCCACCACCCGCCUCUCCAUCUCAGUAUUGCCCCUCCCAUCACUCAUAACACACAUACCUCAUCCAGCCUCCUCCCUGCUCAGACUUGGGGAGGGUGGGGGAGGAGCCCCUGCCCCUUCUCCUGGUGGCGGGUCUGCAGAGCUGGGAGAGGGCAGGGCGUGUGACAGAGACACCGUCCAUAAGGAGGACAGUAACUCCUGCCCUGGGAACUCCUGGGCAGCGGGGAGGGGGACACUGCCCAGAGGCGCUACUGAAUGUAUGAGAAGCUGGUGCUGGGCUGGGGGGAGGGGAGUUGUGGCCAGACACAGGGAAGGAGGUAGGUCUCUUCCCCAGGGAGGGGUGGGACCGGCAGGGGUGACUUGAGGGGCUCCUACUCCUGCCCCACAUUGACAAUCAGUAUGUCUGUUAUGUGCGAUUUUUCACCCCGUUGUGUUUUGGGUCAGGAUUUUAAAGAAAGAUAUUUUUAUGGUAAUUGUUGCUCGUCUAUUUUACUAUAUAUUUAUGUAAUAAAUAUAUGAUGAAAAUAA